CAGCCACGCGUCUAGCUUCCUCAGCAGUACAAUCAUGUCUUAUCACAAUGAGGACAGUCGCCGGAACGCCAUUCGGCAGCACGUCGACCACUUAAUGGGGGAGCCUGGUCAGUGGGAGGAAAGGCUUGACCGGGUGGGGAACAUCCAGCCUGAUGCGAGUUGGUGGCAAGGUGAGUUCCCUGUCACAAUCCUGGAGCUGAAAA